AUGGCCACUGCCUCCACAACGGACGCUCCUCCAGUUGAUCAACCCCCGACCGUUACCUUGCCAGCGUGUUCGCCGGAGCUUGGGAAUGCCUCCGCUACCAACCCCGGAGACACCUUCCCACCCACUGCCCCAGACCCAGACAGUGCAUACGAAGACAUGGCAGUCCGAGGACACGACUUGACCCUGCGCAUGGAUGAUUCGUUACCAGUUGCAGCGGAGAACGAGUGCCUUAUCCAUUUCAGCAGGGGGGCACGGCAUCAGAAAGCUACGGAAUCUGAUGGGAAGCGGAGACUGAUCAUGUCCGUGUACUUGCCAGUACCUGAAUUGAGGGGCCUAGGUGUUAGCCGCGGCCAGAAAGGUGACGAGGACGACUUCCACUUCCUCAUCGGCCCUCAGUCUUUCGUCCUCGUCGUCAGCUUGGCUUGCGGUGAUUCAUUGAUGAAAGUCCAGGGCAUAGGUGACUCGCACGACCUCAACAUCAUCCUCGAUCACGACAUCUUCAACGACCGAGACAAGGACCACAUCGACAUCCUCGUCAGUGACGAAAACAACAUCAACAUCAUCAUCCAUCACGAUCACGACAACAUCAAAGACCGAAACAUCAACAACCACUUCGUCCGCGACCAAAACAACGACGACAACCUCUACAAAGUCAACAACGUCGACCUCCACCACGAGUACAUCGGUAACUUCCACAAGUACUUCCACUACAUCCACCACCAGCACCUCCAGCAGUUCAACGACCUCCUCGAGCACCACGACAUCCAGUACAUCCACUACAUCUACGAGCACAACUGCAACAUCCACAACAACCUCGUCGACGAGUUCGACCUCCACGACGUCCACCUCGACGUCAAUUACAUCCACCACGACGAGCUCCAUCACAUCCACAACUACCACAUCCAGUACGACCACAACGACGACGACCACCUUCCUGGGACGGAGGAGCUAGAACUGCGACUUCUUCGUUUUGACAGCCUGCCUGUAGCCGCAGCCUUGUUCUUGGUGGGCGACAACGUCACCACUUCAAAUGCCUCGUUGGUCCCAGCGGUCGAUCCCCCAGCAGCGAUUGACACCAGCCUCCAGCAGUACACCCACAUCAUGUUCUUCAUUGAGUCGAGCUUCUGUGAGCAAACCACCCCUCAGGUGAUUCCGGUUCUGGAUGCGAAGGCCAGCGUAUCCUCGGUUGCCUUCGUGGACAAGGACGCUGCUGGUACAGCUAUGAGAUACCUCUGUCGCGACCACUGCUUGAGCUUGCUUGAGGACCUGGAUGGCUGGGAAAUCGGCGGCCGCAUCUCAUGGACCCCUCACCUUGUGGUAUACCUCCUGACAGAAUGGUACUACCGGCUGUACUUAGCGGAUGACGACAUCGGAGUGAACCGCGCGUUGCUGAACUACAAG